AUGGGCUCUAUGGACGCGUCCGUCGUGCACCUCGCGCGCAAUGGCAACGGCGAACAAUGGGGCUCAAAGUUAUUCUCAGACAAGGACGGAUACCGCGAAGAUGUGGAAGAAGAUCUUCAGAAGUCUGAGAAGUAUCGCCUGACUGGGGAAGGCAAAGCAAAGCGGACAUUUAUCGCCGAGGUAGAGGAUGCGAAUGUCGAGGACGGUUUGCCGCGUCGCGUCGAUGCCGAUGGGAGAUCCUGGCUCCCAGUCGGCAACCUGGAACUCGCGGAAAACGACCUGGGCGAUUACUUUUCCGAGAUGGAGGACUUGCGGCCGUAUCUAGAAGAAGCCAAGUCCUUUGAGGGCGGCUUUUUGGGCAUUGUCUUUGUCAUCUCAGAUGUUCGUGCUGGGAAGCGAGCAAAGGGAGCUGGAGCUGCGCAAAUCGAGUACGCAAAGCAAUAUGCUCGAGAUCGAGGCAUGAAGGCCAUUUACUUGGACUGCUGGGUUGGUGGGACGCUGGGACUGGUGAAGUGA